AUGGCUCUCGCCCUCAUUCUUCUGGUUGUGUACUGGCAUUUGGGGCCAGGGUGCAGUGUAAGCUCACCUGAAUGGUUCAGCAACAUUACUACAGACCUCUUCAGCUUGCCAGGAGACAUAAUGCUCGGAGGGCUUUUUCCCAUCAACAAACAGCCAAACAACCUCAGCUUUCUUAAUGAGCCUGACAACAUCAAAUGUGAAAGUUUAAAUGAAUUUGCACUUGGCCUCGUUUUGGUGAUGAAAUAUGCAGUGGAUGAGAUCAACGGAAACCAGAGUCUGCUCCCUGGUGUCAAGUUAGGUUAUGACAUUCAUGAUACAUGUGGAGUUUCUUCUGUUGUUGUGAAAGCUACUUUCUCCUUCCUUACUGCAAAAUCAAGUGAUGCUCUCUCCGUGGAAUGUAAUUACACUGACUAUGAGACCAGCAUGUCAGCUGUGAUUGGCCCAUUAACCUCAGAAAUGGUGUCAGUUAUUGGAAAACUCCUGGGAUUCUUUCUAAUUCCACAGAUUAGUUAUGGUGCCACCAGUGACAAAUUCAGUGACAAACUUGUCUACCCAUCAUUCUUCCGUACGGUACCCAGUGACAAAUGGCAAGUGGAUGCCAUGGCACGUCUCAUGCAGAGGUUUAGCUGGAGCUGGGUGGCAGUAGUAGGUAGUGAAGAGGAGUAUGGACAGCAAGGUGUGCAACAGUUCUCCAAACUAGCAGAGAAAAUGAAUAUCUGCGUGGCCUAUCAAGGCCUGAUUCCAGUAUACACCAACCCUACAAGUGCUGUGACAACCAUUAUUAACAACAUCAUAGCAACUGAGGCCAAAGUGGUAAUAGUGUUUGCUCUUACAGAUCCAACUGUGUUAUUUUUUCAACAGGUUAUCAGGAGGAAUGUAACAGGUGUGUGGAUUGCCAGCACGAGCUGGGCCAGCCAUCAAAGAGUGGCCUCUCUCCCCAACAUACACACAAUUGGUACAAUCAUUGGAUUCAUCGACAAGACAGACACCCUUGAUUUGCUCACUAGCUACACAGAGAAGCUCUUCACCAAAAUGAGUAAGGAGAGAGCAAAUAUGUCCCCUGCACCACUAAAGCCUGGCAAUCCCAACAAUCCCUGUCCACAGUGUUGGAACUUGUCACCUGAUAACAUCAGCUUGGUGACUGAUCUUGCAGUGCAAAGAUCAGCUUUUAGUGUGUAUGCUGCUGUCUACAGUGCAGCACAUGCACUGCAUAACUUGCUUGAGUGCAAUUCAGUUGCUUGUAAGUGGGAAUCCAACACCAAAAUCUAUCCCUGGAAGCUGUUGGAGGUUUUCAAAACUACUUCUUUUGACAUAAAUGGUAACAAAUUACAGUUUGAUGAAAAUGGCAACCCAAACAUGGGGUACUCUUUAAUUCAGUGGAUCUGGAAAUCCUCAAGUUUUGAAUUCAGAAAUGUUGGAAAUUACCAGCCACAGAAUCUUUCUGUUGACCAAUCCCUCAUCAAAUGGCACACUGGGGACACAGAGGUUCCUAAGUCUACCUGCUCAGCAGCAUGUGGCACAGGCCAGGUCCGCAGAGUUAAAGGCUUCCAGUCCUGUUGUUUUGACUGUAUUGACUGUUUGCCGGGCACUUACCAGGCAAAUGAGGAGGACAUUCAGUGUACCAUGUGUCCUGAACGUCAGUGGUCCUUGUACCGCAGUACUAACUGCACAGAUCCUGUUUAUGAUGUUUUGGCAUGGGACACACCCGAGGCCCUACAAAUGAUCCUGGUAGGGAUUGUGAUGCUGUUGUGUCAGGGCUCAGUGGGUGUCAUCUUCCUGAUGCACCGGGGGACUCCACUAGUUAUGGCAUCAGGAGGAGCCCUGAGUUUUGUGGCUCUGCUCAGCCUGAUGGGAGCCUGUUUAAGCCUGCUACUCUUCCUGGGGCAGCCAGGGGACACAGUGUGCCAUCUUCAACUGCCCCUCAUAUCCAUUUUCCAAACGCUCCCCCUCUCCAUCAUCAUGUCCAUCUCACUUCAGGUAUUCUUUGUGAGUGAGUUCCCUGAAACAGCUGUCUCUCACCUGCACACAUUAAGGGGCCCUGGAAGUUGGCUGUUGGUGUUGAUCUGCUGUGUUGUGCAGGCAGGCCUUUGUGGCUGGUUUGUUCAGGAAGGACCCUCUCUUUCUGAACAUAUCCAAAAUGUAAAAGUAAACUUUGUGAGAUCAUUUCUGACAUGUCCAAUAUCUUCAACUAAACUUGCAUUAAUGCAAGGUUUGAAUGGUGCAAUGGCUCUUGUAUCAUUCAUGUGCACCUUCAUGGCUGUGAAACCGCUUCAUCAGUACAACCUUGCCAGGGACAUCACCUUUUCCACGCUGAUCUAUUGUGUAAUUUGGGUGAUCUUUAUUCCAGUCUACACAGGAAUUAGUGCUUCUGUCUUCACUGGGUCAAAGGAUAUGUCUAUUGUCCAUGUUUAUUUUGGCCUGGCAGGCAAUUUGGGGCUUGUGGUAGCCUACUACUUUCCAAAGUGCUAUCUCCUGUUAAGAAGGCCUGAUUUCAACACACCAGAACAUUUUUGUACAUUUCUAGAGGGUGUUCCACCAACAGCAGCUGAGGAGGAACCACAGCCAGAGCCACAACCAGAGAAAUAAAUUUGCUCUCUUACAAUGUAAUUUCAUUAAUUAUGCUAGCCAUUAAAAAAUUAUAAAAAAUAUUUUUAUGAAGCAAAAUCACACUUGCAUGCUUUGCUUAUGAAAUUUGCGUGUGUAUUUUGUAACUUAAAACUAACAGCUACUAUUACAAUGAUCUUAUUAAAAAUGUGUACUGCUUGUGUAUUGAUAAUAUUUUUGUAAAC